AUGGCCUCGCUUUCAGGGGCAGGUGGAUCUCAAAUUUACCGAUAUGAUAUUCUGAAUAGCGGGAAGUGGAUCAGGCUGCUCCGUUUGUUACCCGGACGCGACGACGAUACACUGUCUUGUGAACUUUUCUCUGCCGAUAUCCACAGCAAUUCGAAAUACAGCGCUAUCUCUUACGUUUGGGGCGACGCGACAAAGAAAGCGGCAAUCAUUUGCAGUGGUCACAAUUUCGGUAUUACUUACAAUCUUCGAGAUGCCCUCAAACGCAUCCGGCACGAGACAGCCGAGAGGGUUGUCUGGGCCGACGCAAUUUGCAUCGAUCAAACCAACAAUGCUGAGCGUGCGCACCAGGUUACUCUUAUGAGUGAAAUAUAUGAACAAGCUCAAGAGGUAUUGGUAUGGCUUGGAAACGACGACCAGGGCGAUGCCCAGGUUGCCGUCGACACCAUUUUAGAAAUCAAUCAGUAUUUUGAUAAUGCCGUGGCUCAAAGUGGAAGCCAAGAAGAUAUUCCGGACAUCGAAGAGUCAAACACAUUGCUUGACGAGAGCAGAUGGCACGCAAUGUUCCAUUUGCUGGAUAAACAAUGGUUCACUCGCGUCUGGGUAAUCCAAGAAGUCGGCGUAGCUGCGAGUGCUACAGUGCUCUAUGGCCCUACCUCGAUUCCUUUCAGCGAGAUUAUUCAAUUUGUCCUCACUGUAGAUCGGCGGCUCGACCUGAACAGCGUCCCGUUUACUUUGCCAAUCGGCUUGAUAAUCGACGCAUUCAACCUGAUCUGGAGGAGCUAUGAUAACGCGCGUUCCUGGAGAGAAGAGCUUCGUCACAUUGCUCAGCCUGGCAGGGACUUCUCUGAGAGUAGUUUCUUCAAUAUCCUCCUGGCGGGCUCCUGGCUAGGAGCUACUGAUCCUAGAGACCGUGUGUACGCCUUUCUCGGUCAUCCGGCGGCGAAGCGGGGUAGAGAAAAGAAGACAAUGGUCGAGCCAGAUUACGACGUGUCAAAGGAGGAGAUGUUUACGAAGCUUACAAUAGAUCGUCUCUCGCAACAAGACUCAUUGGCCGCACUUUCCGCAGUGCGACAUUCGGAGAAGACCUUGGAUGGCUCCAUGCCUUCGUGGGUCGAACGAUGGGACCAAUCGAGCGAGGUUGUCAUUGUUGGCUCACUGGCGGACACGGUCGAACGACCUUUCGAUGCCGAUCUUCACAGAGAGACCGGUGCUGAAUACAAGGCAGACGUCAUUAUCCCUGGUGAUACAAAGAAAGUCACCGAAGCGCGCUUAAACGUUCGAGUGAUAUUGAUCGAUAUUGUUGAAGAUGUAUCUGAAGUUAUGGACGAGGAAGACCUUGAGAAGUACACGCGAAGCGGGGGGCAUAAUAUCGACUCGCUGAACCUGCUUGAUAUGCUCCAGGCCACCAUUUUGAAAGACACCAACCUCGACACUGAAAACAUUGACGCCUUUAGCCAGGCACUCUGCGCAGGUCUGCUAGAUCUUGACUGCGCCGCCGAAGAUGAUAUUACACAGCAUCGGGCAGAUUUCGAUGCUUUCGUGAUAGAGAGAUGUGGUAAGCACCUUGUGUCCCUAUGCACAAGUCGCUCAUCGGAAGCUUCACAAGAGGGCGUUGCACAUCAUUACUCCACAGCCGCGGGUCGCUUCUGCCACGGACGCAAAUUUUUCGUCACAAAGCAAGGCCGGUUUGGCAUCGGGCCAGCUGCGUUAAAGAAAGGCCACAUUUGCGCGACGGUCUUUGGCGCUCGGCUACCUUUUGCACUUGCACGUUCAGGCAGCCCCGAAGAGUCGACUUUCCUACUGUUAGGUGAGGUAUAUCUCCACGGAAUGAUGAGGGGAGAAGCAGUGAAAAUGUGGAAAUGCCGCGACUUAAGUACAGAAGAGAUUUCGCUUAUAUAGCUCCCUGUCUAUAGUAUGCUUUGUCUUCCUUAAUAUAAUCUUUAGGGUUUUCUUAACUAGUAUGCAAUACUUGCUCUCUUAAUGGAUUAUGUUGACUGAGG